GUCACUUCCGAGCUGCGAGCGGCGACCAAUAUAAGCAGACAGACGAUGAGGGAAUUCAAUUGCAAUUCGUGUAAUUGAAUACCCAAUUCAUGAAAUAAAAGAACGCAUUCCCUUUCGUCGCUGAUACACCAGGUGUUUUAUCCAAGGAGCUUUCUUCUGUGGCAUUAGCAUUCUUCUGUGGAGUGUUCAUCUGUGGAGUGUUCAUCUGUGGAGUGUUCUUCUGUGGAGUGUUCAUCUGUGGAGUGUUCUUCGGUGGAGCAUUCUUCUUAUGUAAUAGGUUUCAGAGGGAGUAAGGUGUUGCUGCCAUUGUCAUCAGAUAAACACACAAGGGCAGAGGAAGAAGGACCAGGAAAUGAAUACCUUGCCCUGUCAGUGGCAGCAGGAUUCAUUCUCUCUCCAACCAUUCACACCUCAGACUUAGAGGAGCUGUCCUGGUGAUAAACUACCUGCUCAGAGCAUAAACCCUGGGACCCUACCUUGGGUUCUAAAGUUAAAUAACUUAUCCCCCCCCACACACACACACACACACACACACACACACACACACACACACACACACACACACACACACACACCCAGUCAGGAUGAAGCUGAAAGAGGACCUGAACCCAGUGCUGCUGCUGCUCUUCCAGGUGACGGUGUGGCUGUACUCUGUCCUAGCCUUCCUCCCCUCCUACCUCUUCAGCUCUGUGUCAGAAUCAGAUGCAGGCCUCGGCUCAGAACAGGAACGGGCUCAGAGACUCAAGGCCCAGUCUGUGACGGGUCGCCCCGCGGGGCCCUACAGGGCCAUGGGCGCCACCAAGAGGCUGGUGUCGUCCCUGCACCCCGGGGUAGACACACUGGAUAAGGUGUUUGAGGAUGCAUCCAGAAGGUUCCCUGACAGAGACUGCCUGGGCACCAGAGAGGUGGUCAUGGAGGAGGAUGAGAGGCAGAACAACGGAAAGGUCUUCAAGAAGGUGAUCCUGGGGCAGUACCGCUGGCUGUCCUAUGCUGAGACCCACAAGGCAGCAGCACGCUUUGGCAGUGGUCUUGCAGCGCUGGGCCAGAGGGCCCACACCAACAUUGCCAUCUUCUGUGAGACCAGGGCCGAGUGGGUCAUAGCCGCACAGGCGUGCUUCAUGCAAAACUUCCCAUUGGUCACUCUGUACUCUACCCUGGGGGGUCCGGCCAUUACUCACGGUCUGAACGAGACAGAGGUUAGUCACAUCAUCACCAGCAGAGAGCUACUGGAGACCAGACUCAAGUUCAUCCUGCUGGAGGUGCCCAGGCUGCAGCACAUCAUUGUGGUGGAUGACACGCCCACCAAGUGGCCUGGUUACCCACGAGGCAUCAGUGUCCACAACAUGGCUACUGUUCAGGAGCUGGGGACCAAGCUUGAGAAUGUGUCUCGUGGGCGUAAACAGCCCAUGCCCUCUGACAUCGCUGUCAUCAUGUACACCAGCGGCUCCACUGGCGUACCCAAGGGCGUCAUGAUCUCCCAUAGCAACAUCAUUGCUGGCAUCACUGGCAUGGCAGAAAGGAUACCCAACCUGGGUGAGAAUGACACCUACAUCGGGUACCUCCCCCUGGCCCAUGUGUUGGAGCUGAGUGCAGAGCUGGUGUGUGUGGCUCAUGGCUGCAGGAUCGGCUACUCCUCCCCCCAGACGCUAGCGGACCAGUCAACAAAGAUUAAAAAGGGCAGUAAAGGAGACACCAGUGUUCUGCAGCCUACUCUAAUGGCAGCUGUGCCGGAGAUUAUGGAUCGUAUCUAUAAGAAUGUGAUGACCAAGGUGGAGGAGAUGAGCAGUGCUCAGAGGACUCUGUUCACUCUGGCCUACAACUACAAGCUGGAGCAGCUCUCCCAAGGACGCAGCACGCCACUGUGUGACAACCUAGUGUUUAAGAAGGUUCGGUCCCUCUUGGGGGGAAAGACCAGGGUGCUGCUGUCGGGCGGGGCACCCCUCUCUGCCGCCACCCAGCGCUUCAUGAACGUGUGCUUCUGUUGCCCCGUGGGCCAGGGCUACGGCCUCACCGAGACCUGCGGCGCUGGCACCAUCAGCGAGAUGUGGGACUACAGCACAGGGCGAGUUGGAGGACCGCUCAUUUGUUCUGAAAUCAAGCUCAAGGAUUGGGUGGAGGGUGGCUACCACAGCACAGACACACCCAACCCACAAGGUGAGAUCCUGAUUGGCGGGCCCAACGUAACCAUGGGUUACUACAAGAAUGAGGCCAAGAACCAGGACUUCUUUGUGGAUGACAAUGGCCAGCGCUGGUUCUGUACGGGAGACAUAGGAGAGGUCCAUCCUGAUGGAUGCCUCAAGAUCAUUGAUCGUAAGAAGGACCUGGUUAAGCUCCAGGCAGGAGAGUAUGUGUCUCUGGGGAAGGUGGAGGCCAUGCUGAAGAACUGCCCCCUUAUAGACAACAUCUGUGCCUACGCCAACAGUGAAGAGAUGUACGUGAUUGGCUUUGUGGUGCCCAAUCAGAAGCAUCUGCUGUCUCUAGCGGAGCAGUAUUGUAUUCGGGGCUCGUGGGAGGAGCUGUGUAACAAUGCUGCCAUGGAGGGGGUGGUCCUGCAGGUCAUCACUGAGGCUGCCCUAUCAGCCCAGCUGGAGCGGUUUGAGAUCCCCCGUAAGAUCCGUCUGAGCCCCGACCCCUGGACCCCCGAGACGGGCCUGGUGACCGACGCCUUCAAGCUCAAACGCCAGCAGCUGAAGAGUAAGUACCAGGACGACAUCGAGAGAAUGUACGGCGGGAAGUAGGACCAGACCAGAACCUCUCCAUGCACAGAUCCAGCAUCUGCCUCCAAGCUUUUAGCUCCAUCCUCCUAUCCCCACCAGACCCCCAUCCCGGACGAGCCCCCAGAAGCACUCAAUUUACUUGAAUCUACUUUGUUCUAAUGAGACCAAAAAAGAUAGAGGGAGAGAAAUAGAUAAACAGAUUGAGAAAGAUAGAGUGAGAGAAAUAGAUAAACAGAUUGAGAAAGGUAGAGGGAGAGAAAUAGAUAAACAGAUUGAGAAAGGUAGAGGGAGAGAAAUAGAUAAACAGAUUGAGAAAGGUAGAGGGAGAGAAAUAGAAAAACAGAUUGAGAAAGAUAGAGGGAGAGAAAUAGCGAUAUCAGAAAGAGGAGGCUGUGUUGCAAUAUUUCUACUGUUCCUUCAUUCGAUUAAAUGGCUUUGCUUAAAAAUGUGAAUCAAUAGACAAUAAAUAAAGCCCUGAAGACUGUUAGAGAGAAGGAUUAGUUAGGAAAGAGUAAGUAAAGAGUGUUGUUGGAACACCCUAAUAUCUCCAUGUUCAUUCCACUUCUUGCCCAUGUUCAUUCCACUUCUUGCCCAUGUUCAUUCCACUUCUUGCCCAUGUUCAUUUCACUUCUUGCCCAUGUUCAUUCCACUUCUUGCCUAUGUUCAUUCCACUUCUUGCCCAUGUUCAUUCCACUUCUUGCCCAUGUUCAUUUCACUUCUUGCCCAUGUUCAUUCCACUUCUUGCCUAUGUUCAUUCCACUUCUUGCCCAUGUUCAUUCCACUUCUUGCCCAUGUUCAUUCCACUUCUUGCCCAUGUUCAUUCCACUUCUUGCCCAUGUUCAUACACUUCUUGCCCAUGUUCAUACACUUCUUGCCUAUGUUCAUUCCACUUCUUGCCCAUGUUCAUUCCACUUUUUGCCCAUGUUCAUACACUUCUUGCCCAUGUUCAUUCCACUUCUUGCCCAUGUUCAUACACUUCUUGCCCAUGUUCAUUCCACUUCUUGCCCAUGUUCAUACACUUCUUGCCCAUGUUCAUACACUUCUUGCCCAUGUUCAUUCCACUUCUUGCCCAUGUUCAUUCCACUUCUUGCCCAUGUUCAUUCCACUUCUUGCCCAUGUUCAUUCCACUUCUUGCCCAUGUUCAUUUGCCCAUGUUAUUCCACUUCUUGCCCAUGUUCAUUCCACUUCUUGCCCAUGUUCAUUCCACUUCUUGCCCUCUUUGGAGAUGGUUUUCCUCCAGAUGUGAGUUGUGAAACAGGACAGAUAAGGUCAUGUUGCCUGUUGAUCUCUCUCUCUCUCUCUGUGCGUGCGACAAGGACAAGAACUGGAGGAGAAACAGCACAUUUUCCGUUGCCUGUUGAGCUCAUGUCUGGUCGUGGUCCCAUGUGGCUCAGUUGGUACAGCAUGGCAUAUGCCUGGAUUGUGGGUUUGAUUCCAACGGGGGACCAGUACCAAUGAAAUGUAUGCACUCACUACUACUAAGUCGCUCUGGAUAAAAUCGUCUGCUAAAUGACUAGUGAGUGUUGUUCACCGUUCACAAGCUCAGGUUGGUUGGAAAACGUUGUUUUAACACCAAUGCCCUUCUGUCUGAGGGUGUCAGGAAUGCUAAGCCAUGAGAGCCUGCAGAGUGUAAGUACCAUUAACAUUGCAAUUAAUAGCUGUUAUUUAAUUAUUUGUUUUUCUCCUUUAAUUCUGUGAUUCUGUCCACAUUAGUCUAGAGUCCUCAUUGGCUGAUUCUCUCUACAAGUUACAAAUCCAGGGCUCCUCGUUGGCUAUUUCUCAGCCCUGUUCCUGAAGCCAGGUUUUUCAAUUGCUUAUUCUCUGGUUUAUUUCAGAACCUAGUUCUGCCCAGAGACUAGCCUUAUUUCCUGCAGGGCAGGAAGCAACUAGCUGUCGUCGUUUAUUUUUGUUGUGGUUGUUCUGUUUAGUUGAUCCUGUUUCUCCUGCUUAGUGAGGCUUUAGCACUGUGAUUUCUAUUAGAUUCCCAUCUGCCCAUCUGAUCCUACAGGCACAAAGUCAACAGAAAGUUCCGAGAGACUAAGACAAUGACUUUAUUGUGCCCAUGGGGAAAUGUGUGUUGUGGCUUGGGCAGGGAAAUGUUGAGUCUCUGCACCUAGAAAAAAAAACUUUCAAGGUGAAUAUACACGACAUGGACAAAAGUAUGUGGACACCUGCUCGUCGAACAUCUCUUUCCAAAAUCAUGGGCAUUAAUAUGGAGUUGGUCCCCCCGUUUACUGGAAGGCUUUCCACUAGAUGUUGGAACAUUCAUGCUCGGACUUGCUUCCAUUCAGCCACAAGAGCAUUACUGAGGUCGGAACUGAUGUUGGGCGAUUAGGCCUAGCUAGUAGUCGGCAUACCAAUUCACCACAAUGGUGUUCAAUGGGCUCUGUGCAGGCCAGUCAAGUUCUUCCACACCAUUCUUGACAAACCAUUUCUGUAUGGACCUCGCCUUGUGCAGGGGGGCAAUGUCAUGCUGAAACAGGAAAGGGCCUUCCCCAAACUGUUGCCACAAAAUUGGAACCACAGAAUUGUCUAGAAUGUCAUUGUAAGCUGUAGUGUAAAGAUUUCCCUUCACUGGAACUAAGGGGCCUGGCCUGAACCAUGAAAAACAGCCCCAGACCAUUAUUCCUCCCUCCACCAUUGGCAACUCUAGCAGGCCAGAUAUUUGACGACCUGACUUGUUGGAAAGGUGGCAUAUCUAUCACGGUGCCACGUUGAAAAUCACUGAGCUGGGCCAUUCUACUGCCAAUGUUUGUCUAUGGAGAUUGCAUGGCUGUGUGCUCAAUUUUAUAAUUGAAUAUAUAUAUGUGGCUGAAAUAGCCGAAUCCACUAAUUUGAAGGGGUGACAACAUACUUUUUCCCAUGUAGUGUAUGUAUUUCAGAACUAUUCCCUUGCCAUUUCUGUCAUUAAUACAAUUGUUAUUAUUUAUGAUAAUGCCAAUUAAUAAUACUCUUGUCUUAAUCAUAAUGUUUGUAAGAAAUAUGUAGAUUGGUGAAUACCAUUUUCUUUCAGUGGUAGAAAACAUAUUUGUACUCUGUUAUAGGUGUGCACUUACGUGAACCACACAUUCACUAAUGUCAGAGCUGUCGUUCUAGAACCACUGCCAUGCUUGGAGUAAAACAGUAUGCCAUAUGAUAAUAUAACAUUUUGAUCAAACUAAGGUGGGAUUACUUGGCCGACGGCAAGAAGAGAUGCACACCAAACACUUCCGUACAACAGUUGAGAAUUUAAAGAUUAUAGUUAAGAGCACAGCUUCAGCAUUUAUUUGUGUGUGUGUGUGUGUGUGUGUGUUGUGUGUGUUGUGUGUGUGUGUGUGUGUGCUCUCUCUCUCGUACCUAAAUGGUACAAACAUUGCUCUGUAGAACAUCAUUCCACACAUGACACCUGUUGCCUUCUCUUCUGAUUUCAAGUGGAUAACUACAUAUAGGAAAUAUUUUAAUAACAAUGCUGUACACAGUAUUGAAAUAUAUAGUUUCUUGACAGUAUGUGUUACUGUAACCCAGAACAGGCAUUUCGGAUGUUUUCCUGUAUACUGUACACACAGUAUAUGAGGGGCAGUGAUCACUGAAAAAGGAAUAUGUUAAAUCUAUAUAAUCUAUAAUCUAUAUAAUAUAGACCCGUUUUGGAAAUCCUCUCCCUGUUUGUCUGGGGAAUCUGCCUUGUAACAUAAGUGCAUCAAUUGUAUUUAUAAGUAAUUUGCCUUGGAAUUGAUUACAUGAAGAAAUAAAUAAAGAUUGUGUUUGGUCUA